CAAUGGCCACAGGUCCUCCCUAGGAGAGAUCCCGCUGAGCCCUCGUGAGAAGGAGAUAGUUCAGCAGACCUCGCCUAUCGCCAGGUCCACAGAGAGCCUGAUGUCCACCAGCUCAUCAGAAGCUUCAGGCGAUGAUCCACCACCCAAACCGGCCUUACCACGAGACAGGAUCUUAAUCAAUGUGGACAGACACAGGAACUCCAGUCCACCCUUCAUGAAGAUGCCACCAGCUCUGCCCCCCAAGAUGACCAAGCCGGCGCAGAGAACGCACUCCAUGCCCGGCGACUACCAGAAGUCCCCCCAUCGCAAGUUCGCAGUGGUACAGCCCAUCUCGCGGACGCCCUCCAACGGCGCGGGCUACCCCCCCACCAACGUGGUACCACCCUUCAACAUCACGCCGAGUACGCCGUCCCCCGCAUCAACAUCGGGAUAUUCCAACUCCGUCUUCACGUACCCUGCACAGGGGGAGUUACCGUAUGGGACGUCCCCCUCAGGGUACGUAGUGGACCUCCCCAGCGGGUCAGCCAGCAGUGUCAGCAGUGGCAGCUUCAGACACUCCAUGGACACGCUCAAUUUUUCAGAGCCCGACUAUGACCUGAUCAACGACCAGUACAUGUUGGAGGGCAGUGAGACCAGCAGCACGGACGGGAUGCUGCAGGCCGCCUCCCCCGACCCCCCCGGUAACACCUCCAACCGCUCCAGUCUGCAUGACAGUGACUCCACAGACUCCGCUUCCACUAACCGAUCGCGAGGCAGCGUGGCCAGCCACGACUCUCUGUUCGGCGGAGAGCGGAGCCCCGCUAACACUCUUGACACUGCAACGGGGGCCGCAAACACAGACUCUCCGCCCAAGUUGCCGAAAAAAUUGCGAAAGCACACUACUCCGCAUGGCAGUUACGAUAACCUGUUACAGGACAGCUCGUUUGACGGCCCGUUCUCGCAUCACGUUGGUAGUCCGCAUGCUCAUAUGAGUGGCGUUUCCCAGCAUGCCUUGUUGCAGCCUAUGUCUUCCCAGAAUGCUCAGUGUGGUAGCAGGUCACCUGACCCAGAUGUUCCGCCACCGCUACCAAUGAAAAAGAAGCACAUUCAAGCGUACAUCCACAUGUUCGGAGACUACUCUGAGCCCAGCCCAAACUUCUUCUACUCGGCCCACCAGGGCCCCGGGUACAAUGGACUUGAAAUGUCUCCUUACGAUAACCUGAGCCCCUGUAUGGAGACUUCCCCCUACGACAAUGUGCAAUACAACACAGAACAACCCUCCGGAAGUUAUAACUCUGCCGGAAACAUCUUCAGAUUUUCCCACUUAACGCCAGAAGCUGGAGAUGUACCAGUAGAAGCCCCGGCCCUUCCCCCGAAAAGAAAACAUUUGGACAAGGAUAACAGACGACACUACACGUCACCUUCCAUCCCCUCCCCUUCCAUGUACGAGACCCCCUCCAGAGACAAGUCCAUCAGCCUCAUAGAACCCUCUCCAACAAGUACUAGUUUGGAGGACAGACCAAGUACACCUGAAGAAAAGGAGAGCAAAGGAGACACCGCCACCAAACCCAGCACACUGGACGCUCUGGACGUGUCCGACAAGUUAGUUUUCAAGAAAGAGGUGGGUUACCCCAGGAAAUACCACACGAUGCCAAAAACAAAAGGAGAAGAUGGGCCUGAUCUCCGUGGGGGGUCCAUGGAUGUACUGAUAGUGCACGCUACUGGAGCUGACAAAAAUGACCUGAUGUUCUAUGAAGCAUUCCUGACGACCUACAGAACCUUCAUCACACCCAAGAGCCUGAUUGACAAGCUGCUCUACAGAUAUAACAAGUUUCGCCACAUGUCCGACAACACCAGAAAAAGAGCCAGUCGGAAUGCCUUCUUCUUGUUGGUCAGAGUGGUUGAUGAGUUAUGUAUUGGUGAGCUGACGGAAGAGAUAAUCCAGAUCCUGAUGGACCUGGUGUUUAAGCUGCUGUGUGACGGGGAGUUGGUUCUGGCUAAGCUACUGAGGAACAAGAUGCUGAACAAAUGUGACCAGAGAAAACAGCUGGCCCUCAACAACAAUUUCUCACCACUGUCUGCACUCAGUGUGUCUGUCAAGCGUGCCAGUUUGUUUGACUUUAAGGGGGAGGAGUUGGCAGAACAGAUGACACUACUCGACGCCGAGGCCUUCCAGAAGAUUGAGAUUCCUGAGAUCCUGGCCUGGGCCAAGGAGCAGUCGGAGGAGCUUAGUCCGAACCUUACCACAUUCACGGAGCACUUCAACAAGAUGUCUUACUGGUGUCGGUCUUGUAUCCUCACACAACCCAAGGCCCAGGAGAGAGAGAAACUGGUCAACAGAUUCAUCAAAAUCAUGAAGCACCUUCGUCGGUUUAACAACUUCAACUCGUACCUGGCUAUCCUCUCAGCGCUGGACUCUGCCCCCAUACGGAGACUGGAGUGGCAGAAGCAAACCACAGACGGUCUGGCAGAGUACUGCACGUUGAUAGACAGCACCUCGUCAUUCCGGGCGUACCGGGCAGCUCUGGCUGAGGCAGAACCACCCUGUAUACCUUACCUAGGGCUUAUCCUGCAGGACAUCACGUUUGUUCACCUGGGCAACCCCGACAUGCUGGAGGACGGAGUCAUCAAUUUCGCCAAGCGCUGGCAGCAGUUUAACAUCCUGGACAAUGUGCGCAGGUUCAAACAAGUGCAUUACGACUUCAAGAGAAAUGAGAAGAUCCAGACGUUCUUCAACAACUUUGACGAGUACCUGUCAGAGGAGGCCCUGUGGCAGAUGUCGCUGGAGAUCAAACCUCGCGGCGUGCGGCGGAAGCCCGAGCCAAAGGAACCACCACCUGCAGAGUCCUCCAGUUGAACCAUUCAGUGUAAAAAUCUUAUUUACAAACCAUCUCAUCCCAUAUUUAUUGUAUCAUCUACCACUUUGUAACUUCAAUCAAAACACCCCCUUGAUUCUGGUAUGGAAUCAUCCAGUGUUGUCCAGUGCUUUGGAAUUGGAAUGUAACACUGAAACAGAGGGGCGUGGUACUGACGGCACAGGCUGCUGAUAUUUCCCCAUGGAUGAAUGUCAGUUCAGUGGAGUGCAAAAAUUUGGAGUCAAGUGGACACUGUCAUUACAAGAAGAUAGCCUCUUGUAAUGGCUAACUUUUUAUAUAAAGUCAUAUAGAUCAUAUAGAGAUGAACAUGACUCGCAGGGACAUGGUCUCCCUUUGCCUUUCUUGUCCUACAAAUGAAAAAGGGAGAGGCAAACAGUUAGAACGCCAAGAGUAGCCUGGGUGCCAUCCUCUGUAGUUACCGCUGGCUCCAUGAUUGCCAGCAACAAUAGGGAGCUGGUGGUAACUACGGAGGAUGGCACCCAGGCUAGGCCGAGAGAGAAAGACUUAAUGGCUGUUUCAUACAGGUCAUAGUAUGGAAGUUUAUUCACACAGCCAGUGGCAGAUAUAACCUGUUUUUAUACACCUCAUGGCAACUGAGCAACUAAAUGAUUGAGUUUUCUCUUCUUAGCAACUUGCCAUUCUGUCGAUUCCUGUCUUUUGUUGGGACCAGCAUAAGAAAGAAGUCUGGUAAAGCAAGCCAUCCAUCCAUUCAUGGUAUCAGUAUACAUUUGUAUGUAUGUCAUUUUGUCACAAUGAGAAAUAGAUGAAAUACAGAACAAAAACUGGUCUACUAUUAUCACCAGAUCUCUCUCUGGUCUGGAGAUUAUAUCUUUGAAAAAAGUUGAAUGUGAGCCCACUCAAAGGGCCACAGUGUUAACAUCUGGGGCAUUACAAACAGGCCUCAUGCAUAACUUCAUACCCAGUGUAACUACUGGACUACUAUACAGAAUAUAAACUACAAUGCAAGAUGUUCCUUUCUCUAGAAACAUCUGUGUGACAGGGAUUAUGAAAUGCUGGCAUUUGCUUCCUCACACUUUGAGAUGAAAUGUCUUGAUUUUGAUUGAAAAGACAGCCUUUCAGACAAGGCAGAAAGCAGAAAGGAAUAGUGUAAAUUUUGUAAAUGAUUCGUAAGCCCUGGUGUUCUCCGGGCUAGAGGAGGUGUUAGGCUGAAGAGAAACAGAGGAACAGAAAAAAAAGAAAGGGAAACAGCCACAAUUUGAGAACUGGAAUUGAUAGAGAAGCUGCUUGUCAUGGGCAGCAGUGAAGGAAAAUGCGGUUUUGAAACGGGAACUUUAGAGAGAGUGCCAUGACAGUUGUCUUGGAAGAUGAAACAAGUUGAACAAAGAAGCGUUCUUUGUCUUCCAUGCUGUAGAUAUCAUCACUGUAGUUAAAGUGUGAAAUAUUUCAAGACAGGAAAAACAAACUUAAGACAUGACAUGCUCUUCCAAGAUGGAACACAGUCUAUGGGAACAAUAAGUCAAGGUACAUAAUGUUCUGGCAUAAACCACUGGCUGCAGUGUUUUUCAUUUCUUAAUUUUCGUAUACAAACACAGAUGAAAAGUACACAGUCCAAUGACACACCUUCAUAUUUUUGUUUGCAUGUGCUAUGUUCAGGAGAAAUGUGUUUGAGAUGAACAAAGUUAAACCCUGUACCAAAGGGAGUAAGUUCUUGCUAGUUCCCAUCUGACAUUCUGGAAGACAUUUUGCUGCCAUACCUGUAGCCAAUCACAUCUUGUGUUACAUCCCAGGCUAGUGUAUGUAGAUAGCAACACUAAAGUAAGGGAUGUUACCAUUGAACAAUUGUCCUCUGGCUGUGUUAAGAGUAUAGAUAAGACUAGUCAACAGAUUUUGACACCAUAGCAAACAGCACUUAUAACAAACACUGUAACAAGUGAAGAUGUGUUCCACAGUUAGUAGAAUAACUUGUGGCUGUUAGUUAUGCAUCAGUUUUGCCAUGUGUUCAUCCAUACAAACCUGUAGUUAAAAUCUUCAUGGACAGUGCAUCAAAAGUGUUCAUAUGUAGCAGAGAGCCUGCAAGCAAAUGUGUUGACUAUGUUUUUGUCACUCAGUGUCUUUCAUACCAUGUGUCAUGGUAGAAAUGUUCUUGAAAGAUGCAGGGAAGUAAGCUUUAGAUAAGUUCAGACAGCAAGCCCUGUAAUGCAUUGACAAAACAUGACCUGUUUCAAUAUUUGCAAACUAUGUCCAAAAUGCAUUCAAACUUGCCAGUUGUUGGUAGUCAAAAAGGGAAGUGAAUCUAUAUUAUAAGGUGAAAUCUCUGCGAGUUUUACCAACAUUUGAUGGGUGGUUUUCUGUUUAGAUUGCAUACCAAAAGCAACAUCCAGUACAAAGUCUAGUAGACAUUUGUUUGACGUACAUGUAUGUUCAUGAAAGGAGAGACAAGAAAAGUGAUUAUGUUAAUUGCAUAGAUACUUUCUGUAUGAUAGCUAAGGUGGUCAGCAUUUACAUACAUGUAUAAUAUGUUUGCAAACAGUUUUAUGUUUUGAUAGAAUAUAGCAUAGUGAUUCUUAAGCACAAAGUGCCAAAAGCUGUAUCAUACGAAUUUCAUUUCUAGAUUCCUUUAAGUUUCCUACAUUUUUAUUGUUAUUAUAGAAUAUUUUCCCUCUAUUUUCUACAUUUGUGUAUUGCUCAUCCCUUGUUCUUGUGUAUAUAUUUCUGUUCUGUAAUGUUUUGUAAAUAAGGGAUUUCUAUGGAUUCCCUGUAAAGAGAUAGGACAUGAAAUUGUGUAAAAGCCAGACCCUGCUGUGCUGACAUGCAUUGCCUUUUAUGUCUACAGAAGGUGUUACCUAAAGUUAUUUGUAAAUUUUACAAUAAAAGCCAUCCAUAAUGU